CACCCCUGCUACCACUGAGGGGAGGGGAAAGAAGGAGGGGCUGUCACAGGCUGGGAGCCGUGAGAUCAGAUGUCAGCAGCUCAGGGAGACAUUCCCAGGAAGGGAAAAGUGCUGCUCAUUCAUCACCCUGCGCUGGGACAGCCUGGACCACAGCUGCUCUUGUGGAGAGGAAGCAACCUAGGAAGGGAGCUGCUGGGAACCCCUGUCGAUGUCUCCCAACACCAGGGGUUAGUGACCAAGCGGAGAAAAGUUCUUCCUUAUUAAAGCCUCUAGGCAAGACAAUUUCCUUGGUAGAUCACAUUGGAUCCCUUCCUAUAAUGGAAGCCUGAGAGCCAGGAACCUCCAUGACCUCCAGAAACCACCACUCCUUACCACGAGUUCUGAUGGCACCUCGAAUGUUUACUGAAGGAGAACUUGGGGGCAUCGCCCAAAUCACCCCCUCUCUGUACCUGAGCAGGGGCAGCGUGGCCUCGAACCGACAACUUCUUCUGUCCCGGGGCAUCACCUGCAUAAUCAAUGCCACCAUUGAGAUCCCCAACUUUAACUGGCCCCAAUUUGAGUAUGUCAAAGUGCCUCUGGCUGAUGUGCCCAAUGCCCCCAUUUCCCUCUACUUUGACAGCGUGGCGGAUAAGAUACAAAGCGUCACGCGGAAGCACGGGGCCACCUUAGUCCAUUGUGCAGCUGGUGUGAGCAGAUCGGCCACCCUGUGCAUCGCUUAUCUGAUGAAGUACUACAACGUGUCUCUGUUUGAGGCUUACAACUGGGUCAAGUCAAGGCGCCCCGUCAUACGCCCCAACGUGGGUUUCUGGAGGCAGCUGAUAGACUACGAACGGAAGUUGUUUGGGAAGACGACGGUUAAAAUGGUACAGACGCCUUAUGGUAUACUCCCAGACGUUUAUGAGAUAGAGGGGAGACACCUCAUGCCUUACUGGGGGAUUUAAUGUGAUUGCAUCAACAGGAAGAAUAAGAGCACAAGAGACUUGCUGUUCUGAAUCUACCAGACUGGAGCCAUCCUCUUCUCUUUUGAUGGCCGACUUUUAGUUCUUUACCAUACAGCAGAACCUUGCCAAUUGUCACGUCCCUAACCAGCAAGGCCAACACUUUCCAAAAAACAUACACACACACGGAAUCCUUGCCCUAUCUUCCCUUGAUUGAACAGUACAGUGAGCUCUCUUUACUAAACGUAGUUCUUCCACAAAGCAUCCCCUGCAGUCAGUUUACUAGUAUACUACAAGUGAAGAACUAAAAGGCACUUGACAGAAUUAAUGAACAAAGUACGCUUUGUGAUGAGGUAGCCUGGAUAUUUCUUUACUAGCUUAUUUUCUUCCGCGCAAAACCCUGUAGCCAUUGAGCGGCACUAGCACAGAAUGAAUGAGCUCCACCUCUAAACUCCAAUUCAAUGUGUUGGUUUUAUUAAGAGACAGGGAGGGAGGAGUGUGGAAAAGUGUUGCUAAUGCUGUCAUUUUCUUUCAAUACCAUAGUGGCUCUCAGUAUAUAGUGUUAGAGAUAGUUAGCCAGCUUUUUAAACCUUUAUAAAUAGUUAAGCCAGUCAAAGCCUGUCAUAAAUAAAAUAAUUUAAACAAUUAAGACAAAUGAAGGCUGCCACGUCCUUCCUCCACCCCCAUUCCACACCAGGGUAGCAGAUCCUGCAAGCAUUUAUACACCUGAAUAAUUUGAUGUACAUGAGUAAGUGUUUGCAUGAUUGAGGAGCAAACAACAGAGCUCAUUUCCAAGUGAAGACCAGGACAGAAGUGAUGGGUUAACCUUUCCCACACUGGCCAGCCAAAUUAAGCUUCGUCUACACGACUACCCUCCCAAAGGGGUUGGAGCUGUAUUUUUUAGUAUUCAGUCAACCAGUAAAUAGAAAGUCGGUAAAUCUGCUUGAUAACUGAGCUGUAAGUAUAGUCGUGAUCUGCCUCAGAUCUUUUUCAAUUCACACAGUGUUAGGGCCUCAAGGAUUAUGUUGCAUUCCUGAAUUUUCUAAGCAAAAUACGUUAAUCUGUUAAACCUCCAGUACAAAGGUGUCUUCAUAGAGAAGUCUUUGCUUUGUUUUGCUUCUGAUGAGGGGGAAAAAAGAAAAGGUUCUAGCCUGAAAAGUGGUAGAAGAUACUAGAUGAAAUGACAGCUGAGUCGUGAGUAUUAUCCACAUCUUUGCAUAUCACUAUUUAACAAACAUAGCUGGAACAUCGAAAGAACAGAGCAAGUAACUUACUCAGCAAGACUGUUUGCGUUUUUCCUUGUUUCUCUAAAGGAGGAAGAUGCAGAUUUCUGGAUACAUAGAGAUAGAUAUCUGAUUUAAAUGAGAGACUAUACUUGUAAAAAAUAAUCUUAAUAAAGAUUAAAACUAGAACCCAGGAGUUCCUGUUCAUAAUCAGGCUCUUACCAUCUCUGAAAUUCCAGCAACAAUGGUCGUUAAGCUUCAGUGUUAAUACACAUCACACAUACAAAUGGAUUUUUAUUAAAUCUUGUAAUCAGUUACCAGUAACUUGACUAAAUUGCGUACACUAAAUCUAGACCUUUAAGACACAUUAACAUAGACCUCUCGCUACAGAAAAGCCAGGCACUGAAUUGGGCUCCUUACUGCAUUUUUAUCCUCUAGAGUUGUAUUUGAAUGUCUGUAAUGCUGAUAUUCUGGUUUAAGACAAGUAUUGGAAAUAACUGAUGUGUUUGUCAUAAUGGUUUGUUGCACCAGACAGUGUAGAGUCUACAACGUAGUGGGCAGGAUUCUGGUCUUGCAGGGUAAAUCAGAACUACUGAAAAUAACGAAGUUGUCCCUUGUGAAAAAACAAUGUUUAAAUGGGAUCAGAAUCAAGUCUCUGUUGCCUGAGCUGCACAUGCAUCAGUGGGAAAACAAAAUUUAAAUAGAUUCAUGACAGAGGGUUGGCCUGAAUCCAAGAGAUACACUUGGAUUAACUCAGUACUGGAAGGAAGUUUUCAAAUGAACUGUGAAGAUCUGAAUUUCACCACAGUGGGUAGGUACCACGUGGCUACUGGGAAAAGAAAAUGCUACAGUAGCUUGUAGGGUCAGAGUCAGUGUCCAAUGAAGUCAAUGGAAUGACUCCCACUGAAGUCAGUGGCCAGUGAAUUGGGCUCCAAGGCCGCUUACUGCAUUUGGUGGGAUAAUGGUGCAAGGAGAUAUAGAAAGGGAGAACUCUGCUUACCUCUUGAGGCAUAGAAAGGAGAAGCAUCCGCAGAAACCACAUCAGCUGUGGGCUCAACACAUAUAUGUACCCAAGGUUUUGGGCAUAAUGAAACCACUGUUAAAACGAAGUUGUUCUAAAAUACCUUAACGCUUUCAAGACCACAUAUUUAAAUGGUUAUUUUUCCUUACAUGUGUACCCCCAAUUCCACUGCAAACCCUUCUUUACAUUUCUCUCUGUUAACUGCUGAGUGCAGGAGGGGAGUUUCUUCCCCUUUUUAGAAUCAUAGACAUGGAGGGCUGG